CGGUCGUAGAUCCCAUCCGUCUUUCCACAACUCUGUUGAAACUAUCAAAUACUUUGUAGAUGAAAGACAUGGCAGGAAAAACAAAGCUUGCCCUUAAUGGAAAGAUGGCUCUGGCCAAUUCAGACGGAGACUUGACCAUCACAGAGAUUGAUAGCCAUGGAAGUAACCAGAGUUUAAACUGCAAUGCCAGUCUUCCCAAUGUUCAGAGAAAUGCGUGUGACACUGAGAGAUCAGUUGCCAGCUGGGCUGUGUCCUUCGAACGGUUGCUGCAAGAUCCUGUUGGUGUGAAAUAUUUCACAGAAUUUUUAAAGAAGGAAUUCAGUGCGGAGAACAUAUUAUUUUGGCAAGCUUGUGAACACUUUCAGCAGAUCCCAGCAGACGACUUGGAGCAACAAUCAAAAAUUGCCAGUGAGAUCUACAGAACAUAUCUGUCCAGCAACUCACUCUGUCCCAUCAACAUCGAUAAACAGGCACAACUGGAAGAAGAUGUUCUCAAUGAUCCCUCAUUGGAUAUGUUCAAGGCACAACAGCUGCAGAUUUUUAACCUGAUGAAAUUUGACAGCUAUACACGUUUUGUGAAAUCCGCACUUUAUCAGCAGUGUGUGUUGGCAGAGGUCGAGGGCAAGCCACUUCCUGGUAGCAUCUCACAGGAAUUGGAACCCAGCCAAGAUAAAGAGAGUGUCAGCCUCUGUGACUCCAAGAAGCAGAAGAAGAAGCUGAAGUCAGGAAAGUCAUUCAGCGGUUUACCACAGAAUGGCUAUGAUGGGAAAGGAGGAAGCCCUGAGAAACAGAUCCGGAGGAGUAAAAGCAAAUUAAGUCGGAAGAAAGAGAAAGAGAAAAGAGACUCGUUGGGAGUGGAUUUUUCAGACAGCAAUGGCCUCUUCUUGUCUCGCCGUGAGUCGCAGGGGUCUGUGUAUUCAACAGCCAGCGUGGAACUGGGUUUCCUCAGUUCUCUCCAAGCCAGAACAGAGUAUGAAAAACCAAGCCCGGAGAUAGAAAAUGAGAAGAAAGUUAAAUACUGCUGCAUUUACCUGCCUGACAAAACUGCCUCUUUAGUAAUGGUUCGACCUGGCUUGACUAUCCGGGACUUGCUGUCUGGAGUUUGUGAAAGGCACGGAAUUCCUCUGGCAGCCACUAGUACCUACCUGGCUGGAAGUGACAAGAAGCCCCUUGCUCUGGAUCAGGAUAGUAUGAUCCUGUGUGACCGGGAGCUUCGAGUGGAAAAGAAAAUCCUGUUUGAGUUGGAGCUUGUUCCAGUCAAUCGAAAACUUUGGGUGACCGCUAGACCCACCAAAACCGUGUCCGAGGCUUUGCAUCCAUUUCUGAUCAAAUAUAACUUAUGUACCAAUGAGGUGGAGGCUAAAAUUAGCGGGGAAUCCCAGCCUUUAAAACUGGAUGCCACUGUGUCCUGCCUGGAAAAUCAACAAGUGAUCCUGGACAAGAUAAAAAUACCCGAGCAAGGUCAUCAAGAGGACAGGAAGAGUUCCAGCCAAUCAUCGACUUGCCUUCAGAAGCAAGGUGAGGUAUCCUCAGAGAGAAGAGAGCCCUUGGAGAGUCCAGUCCACUCAUCCCAGACCUCGAGGAGAAAUAGAUUGAAAGGAAAAGCUGAAGAGAAGAAGGAGCUGAACCGCAUGACUUAUGAUGUGGAAGCCCUGUUUGAGAUGUUGUCCAAAGCACAGAACUGCCGCGCUGAUGAUCAGCGAGGCCUCCUGAAGAAGGAAGAUUUGGUCCUCCCAGACUUCCUACAGCUUCCAGAGGAACUGGCUGGCAUCAGCCUUCAGACAUCCGAGACAGACUCCGGCAGUGAGAAAGGUGCCAAAAGUCAUACCCAUCCAGAGAAAUGUCUUACUGAGAGUGAGCAGGUACCGGGAACUCCAAAUGAGAAACCAACGCCGAAUAUCUCCAUGUUACGGGACACGGAACAAGAAGAGUCGAAUGAAUGGAACAGUGUAUGCCCCCGAACAGUUCUCUAACAGUGAUGCAACAGUACUUUGGUGGCCUGCAGAUCACCGAGUUGUAAAACAGGGCCUACUCAGACCAGCUUCUUCAGCUGUUCCAGUUUCCCCAUCAAUGGGACCAAAAGACCAUACUCAGCAGGGCAGGAUUUCACUAAACCCUGCUGAGUCCCAAUGAGCCAACACUGCCGAUUCCCUCAGCUACGUGUCUGAUGAAACAGCAUUGGUGGCAGAACUGCAUUUUACAUUGGGGCCUGUUCCUUCAGUGAUUCUAUCAAUUCUAGGUUCAAGGGAUUUUGCAGAACUGAAGCUGUGAAUGAAAUUAUGUUGGAAUGUGGAGAAUAUUAGAUCUCAGGGUAGCACCGUCUGAAUGGUCCCCUUCUCUUCACGAUUUAUCUACGGUUCGCUAUUCAGCUAAUGCUGCUGAGUGUAACAAAUCUGAAUUAGUUGAACUUAGAGAGAACCAGCUCAGGUUUUACUUCUGAACACAUUUGCAUUCAUUGUGCUCUUGGUCGUGGAGGCGGUCUGACUCUGUCAUACACGCCUGGAUCUAUGAUAUAGGCUGGGGACUGACUGAACAUCAUUAGAAGUAUUUCCUGGAUUGUUCCCGAAAGGAUUUCAUCACCUCAACUGAUGCACUUAUUCAUUCUCCAAUUUGUUUACAUAUAUCUGACAUUGUUAUCUUUGUGAGACUUUGCUGUUUAUGUAACUGAAGAAUGUGGGCCUCAGGGCAAAGCAAUGAAAUGUCGAGCUCCAAAUCAGGGUACAUUCACUUACAGUACAGCACCAAGUGGUCAGGGCAAUGAUGAUAAACAAAUAACUUACAGAUGGACUAAAAUUAUUGUGAAAACCUGCACCUUCAGGAACCAUACAAUGAGCUGAUAAAGCUAUGUGUGAGGUUGUAUGGCCUUGUAUGCAUGUGUGUGCGAGAGACGUUAUAUCGCUAUUGCACCCCAAUCUCCUACCUACUAGCCUCAUCCCGGCCCCUUGACCUGUCCGUCCUCCCCGGACUGACCUAUCCCCUCCCCACCUACACCCACCUCUACUGGCUCCAUUCCCGCCCCUUUAACUUGUCUGUCUCCUCUCCACCUAUAUUUUCCUCUAUCUAUCUUCAGUCCACCUCCCCCUCUGUACUUAUUUAUUUCAGAACCCGCUUCCCUUCCCACUUUUCUGAUGAAGGGUCUAGGCCCGAAACAUCAGCUUUUGUGCUCCUGAGAUGCUGCUUGACCUGCUGUAUUCAUCCAGCCCCACACUUUGUUAUAUCGCUGUGUGUCAGGUUGUAUAGCUGAGUGUGUCAGAUGUUUUGUUGCUGUGUGUGUUAGAGGCUGUAUAACUAGAUGUGUGAGGAUGUGUGGCAGUGAGUAUGAGUGAGACAAAGGUUAUAGAACUGAGUGUAUAUGAGAGAUUAUCUAGCUGUGAGUGUUUGUGCGUGUGAGAGGCUAUGUAACUGUGUGUGUGAGAAGCUGCAUGUGCAGGGCGUUCUAUAGCUGUGUGUGUGCGUGCGUGCGUGCAAAAAUCUGCUUUGCCCAUUGUGGAGGGGCAAUUGUAUCUGACAAUGCUGGUACUUUUGCUCAUCACUUGCUUUUCUGUGAUGUUGAUGACAAACCUUCAAAACAUGAGGUGAUUUAAUGUGAUUAAUUGAUUUAGCCUGUCCAGUGUCAAAUCAUUGGUGCGAGACUGGAGUCACACUUGACUAGACCGGACUGAUGAAGGGUUCCUGUUCUAAAAGGUGGGGAGUGUCCAUGACAAUGAAAUAGUUUCAGGAUUGUAUUGUUGCUGCCAGUUUUCUCUCUUUAGACUCUGUUCCAGUUUUAUUCUAUAUCCUGUCACAGACAUAUUCCAUAUUUUGACUGGAUUUUGUGUCAGUGAUAUCAAAUAAAACUGGAAUGCAAGGCAUACAGAGUGAAGAAAAGAAUGAUAGAGAGUGAGUGACAUUACAGCAGUUAGGUCUAAGUAAUUCUAACACUUCUUUCCACCCUAAAGGUAUGUUUUGUCUAUCUAACUUGACAGGGUCUUCAUUACUGGCGCUAACUGCCAUCUAUUUAUUUCUUAGUUUACUUUAAAUAACGAGAAGGGGCUUUUCAUUGACGUAACUUUCCAGACUGUAACUGUCACUGAUGUUUUACAAAAUUAUUGUUCAAUGAUUGAAAUUAAACAGUAUGGUUUGUUAAGAUUUCU